AUGGAAGAAGGCAGUUUACCAUCUCCACUGGUUCAGUCAUUCAAUAAGCCAUUUACUGAUCAACCUAAUAGUUCGGUAUUAGAAGGUGCAAAUGAUGUAAAUGAAAAUAAAACAUCUGAAAGAUUAGAACACAUAG